GGAAUAGACUUUGAUCUAGGUCAUGAUCUAGCUAGAACGAGAAGGGACUAGUAGAUGUUCAGUAUUCAAGCUGUCCCCAGAGACUUCUUUCUGUUAUGAUUUCAUGUCCAUUUCUAGCACACGAAUUUACACCAGGUGUAGAUCUAGUUCUUGUGUAACAUCAGACAGUCUUUGGUGAUCAUUAUGGCAUCAGUGGCAAAUCAUUAUGAACACAACACACAAGUUCUCAAUACAUUAAACGUCGGUGAUAGAGUGAAGUUCUCAAGGGGAGUGUACAAGCACUGGGCCAUUUAUUUUGGCUUUGGUCAGAUUGUCCAUAUGGCAGGCGAAGACAAUGAUGGUAUGGGUUCCACUAGCAUACAUUUCUUCAGCAUUGGAGGUCAACGCUACAGCAAAGCUGAAAUUCGCAUCGAUGAUUUCUGGAAGGUCGCAGGGAACGACAAAGCUGACAUAGACAAUAGUGCCGAUUCAACGUGGAAAGCCCUCGAUCCUAACGUGAUAGUAGCGAAAGCUACAAGCAGACUUGGAAAAAUCAAAUACAACAUCUUCUUUUCCAAUUGUGAGCACUUCGCUAACUGGUGCCGAUAUGGGAAACGUAUCAGUGAUCAGGUGAACGGGACACUAAUUCUAGGGGCGCUGGGCGCCUUCGCCAGCCAGUCGUUCACAGCAGGAGCACUGUUAGUUGCUUUCUUCAUCUACAACGUCGUGAAGUCUGACGACAAAAUGGAGGAACAAGAAAGACAUUAAACAUUCAUUGAUUCUUAA